CGGCGGCGGCGAGCGGGCCGAGCGGAGCCGGGAUGCCCUACAAGCUGAAGAAGGAGAAGGAGCCUCCAAAGUCUGCUAAAAGCACCACAAAGCCCAGCAGCGGCAGCAGUGGUGGGAAGGAUGGUGGGGCAGAGAAUUCAGAGGAGGUCCAGCAGCAGCAGCCGCCACCACCGACUUCAAAUAAGCGCCCCAGUAACAGCACCCCCCCGCCAACGCAGCUGAAUAAGAUCAAGUACUCCGGAGGACCCCAGAUUGUAAAGAAGGAGCGACGGCACAGCUCCUCCCGCUUCAACCUGACCAAAAACAGGGAACUGCAAAAGCUCCCUGCGCUCAAAGAUGCUCCCGCUCAUGAACGAGAAGAGCUCUUCAUACAGAAGCUGCGACAAUGCUGUGUUCUCUUCGACUUCAUCUCCGACCCACUCAGUGACUUGAAGUUCAAGGAGGUGAAGCGAGCUGGUCUCAAUGAGAUGGUGGAGUACAUCACGCAUAACCGGGAUGUCGUCACCGAGGCCAUCUACCCUGAAGCUGUCAUCAUGUUUUCAGUGAACCUCUUCCGGACCCUCCCCCCCUCAUCCAAUCCAACCGGAGCAGAGUUUGACCCCGAGGAGGAUGAACCCACACUAGAAGCUGCCUGGCCACACCUCCAGCUAGUGUAUGAAUUCUUCCUGCGGUUCCUGGAGUCGCCCGACUUUCAGCCAAAUAUAGCCAAGAAAUACAUUGACCAGAAGUUUGUAUUGUCACUGCUGGAUUUGUUCGACAGUGAAGAUCCCAGAGAGCGGGACUUCCUGAAGACCAUCUUACACCGGAUUUACGGGAAGUUCCUGGGCCUGCGAGCGUACGUGAGGCGGCAGAUCAACAACAUCUUUUACAGGUUUAUCUAUGAAACAGAGCAUCACAAUGGGAUUGCAGAGCUGCUGGAGAUCUUGGGCAGUAUAAUCAAUGGGUUCGCUUUGCCUCUGAAGGAAGAGCACAAGAUGUUCCUCAUCCGGGUCUUGCUACCUUUGCACAAGGUGAAAUCGCUGAGCGUCUACCACCCACAGUUGGCGUACUGUGUUGUGCAGUUCCUGGAGAAAGACAGCAGCUUGACCGAACCGGUGAUUGUGGGCUUGCUGAAGUUUUGGCCGAAAACGCACAGUCCCAAGGAGGUGAUGUUUCUGAACGAGCUGGAGGAAAUACUGGAUGUGAUCGAGCCCUCCGAGUUCGUGAAGGUCAUGGAGCCCCUAUUCAGGCAGCUGGCCAAGUGUGUUUCCAGCCCACACUUCCAGGUGGCCGAGCGAGCGCUGUACUACUGGAACAACGAGUACAUCAUGAGCCUGAUCAGCGACAAUGCAGCCAAAAUUCUCCCCAUCAUGUUCCCGGCACUCUACAAGAAUUCCAAGAGUCACUGGAACAAGACGAUCCAUGGCCUGAUCUACAACGCCCUGAAGCUGUUCAUGGAGAUGAACCAGAAGCUGUUUGAUGACUGCACACAGCAAUACAAGGCAGAGAAGCAGAAGGGGAGGUUCAAGCUGAGGGAGCGAGAAGAGAUGUGGCACAAGGUUGAGGAGCUGGCCCGGCAGAACCCCCAGUACCCCAUGUAUUACGCUCCCCCACCCUUGCCUCCGGUUUACUGCAUGGAGACAGAGACCCCAACUGCAGAGGACAUUCAGCUACUGAAGAAAACGGUGGAGACAGAGGCUGUGCAGAUGCUGAAAGACAUCAAGAAGGAGAAGGUUUUGCUGCGUCGGAAAUCUGAGCUUCCUCAGGAUGUCUACACUAUAAAAGCCCUGGAGGCCCACAAGAGAGCAGAAGAAUUCCUCACCUCAAGCCAAGAGGCGCUCUGACGGGCUAGGGAGCUGCCCUGGGAGGCCUGGCCCCCAUUUCCCCCCCCCCGGGGUACCCAGAAAUGCACUUGGUUCUAAUGUAUAACUAGGGAAUGAACAUGGUGAGCUGUGCCUGUCCACGCCAUUCUCAUUCUUUCAGGGUAGAUUUGGUUUUACAUUGUACCUCGUAUCUCAUUGCAUUGUUACAUCCUCCUGCUUUUUCCUUUAACGCUGUUUUGUGUGCGCGUUUGCAAAGGGAGCCCGGCCAGUCCAUGUUCGCAUCAUUCCAUUCCCUGCUACUUACUGACGCAGGACCAAAGCCUCCCCCAAACGCUCAGUGUCUGGGUGGGAUUCCUCAGCCAGAGACUACAUCACAUGGUUCUGCACACAGCCCAAGGCCCUGUGCACGGACCAUCCUCCACACCCACCCCUGCUCCAUCUGUGCAUCAGAGACCCGUAGCCAUGACAGCGGAGAGAGGCUCGGUUGGUUGAAUCAAGUCCAUCCACAGGGCAGGUUUGUUCACUACAGUGAGUUCUCAAGGGCCUUUUCUAGUCGCAUUGUAACUGUCCUCGAUGGGAGGUGAUUCCACUGGUUAAUAAUCUGGCUUGGCAAGAACAGUUAUUUACCUUAACUUUUCCUUUACUUAACUGAAUCUCCCCAGUCUGUUCUCUCCCCCUCCUCCCACCCCCACCAUAAGGUGGGCUAAUCCUUUUCUGGGUGAAGUGCUCUGCAGUCUCUGAAUGUAAGCACAUUAUUACUCAUAUUCCUUUGUACCCCCCUCAAAUAAUUACCCUCUCCCUUCUUCGGUUAGCAUGAUUCCCCCACCCCCCAAAGGUUUUUAUUGGCCAAACUCUGAGGAAAGAUUGUCACUUCCUCCAACCAUUGUUGCUCCCGUCUUAAGUUCCCUCAGACUUGUCACUGUAUUUCCAGUAAUGAAGUGCCCGAAUUUAACAUGCUAUUCCAGGAGCACGUGACCAAUGUGUCCCUGCUCUGUGAUGUGUCUGCAUACUCAACCCCAAGUUGU